ACAAUUCGUGUCGUACAAGCGGUUGUCGCGCUUUCUAGUACACUGUAGUCGCGCAUCGUACCUUGAUUUUGUGAAGACUGCUCGCUUUUUUCCUUCAUGCGGCUCCCUAACGGCGCGUUGCGUACCAGCAUCUUCUUUCCCUGCACUCCGCAACUUGUUUUGCUUCUUAAAGGCCCUACUUCCAGUGUGCCUCAACGAUGAGAGGCUGUCGAACGAGGGCCCGUAAGUUGGAUCAAGGCGAAGAUGCUGGUUCAGCUCCGCCGCAGGACCUUGGUCAAAUCCCUGCUGCAUUGGACACCACUACUAGGCGUACAGCCCGGUUGAAACACUCGAGGAACAAGGAGGAUGGCAAAUCUGAUGCUGGUGUUGUUCCAGAGCAUGUCAUACAGCUGUGCAAGAGUGUCUCAGACAUACAGUUAAUCUCAAAGUUAAAAAGGAAGGGCAAGCAUCACAAUAUCGAUAUGGUCACUGCCAUUAAUCGAGCUGCUUCAGAGUUGAGUCUGCCAGGCUUUCCUAGAACUGACACACAUGAGAUCUUGUUUCACGUGCUUCCAUUUCUUGGGAUGCCGCAGCAAGCCAAUGAAACUCUGCCUUCGAAGAAAGAAAUUUCGCAAGCCGUCGCUUUUGGAAAGGCCACUGCAAGUCAACCUCACGCCCGGGAGCAAGACAGUUCAUCCGUCAUGCACACAUUGACCUCUAAAAGAAAAAGUUUAUGUACCAUGACCAGUCUCCCUGUUCAGGACACUUCGGUGGUGAAGGUGCAUGAUGCUGUUUCUGGUAAAACUGUGGUCGUUACUUCCGCAUGCAAUGUUGUUGUGGAACUCGACAAGUUAACCCCAGAGGAAACAGCCUCCUUCACUUCUUGUAAGCACCGGUCAUCUGUGCAGAACAAAACAGUGCAAAAACACAAAGCUGGUGAUUGCUGCUUCCAAGAGACUGGUGAACCAAAGUCACUGCAUGGGCAAUCCCAGGGACAGAAUUCACUCCAAUCGUGUAGUAAGCAAAACACUGAGGACUUCAGAAGUGGUGCAUCAAACACUGGUGUACCUGUGCAUCGAAAAAGUCCCUGCCGAAGCGACUCUAGUUGGUCUGACCAUGAACUUUCGCCAUCUCUGUUAAAGCCUGAGCUGUGUCAAAGUAAGCAGUUGUUGCCACCUUCGCCGAAGGAAUCAUGUGAGGGAACACGUAGCGAGCGCCUAGGUGUUGGGAUUGAAAAUCCUGUAAAGGAAGAAUUCACUGACCAGCCGAGAGAUAAGCACUUGCUAUCAGCCACUACAGAUCCUGAAAAGAGUUCGCAAGAGCAACGCCGGGUGUCUGACGAUAGAAAUGUGCAUUUUCAGCAUUCUCCGGAAGACACUAAAAGGCACAUUGUCCGUUCGGUCAGCCCUGAUGCGUCGCAUCCUCCAAAGAGGCAAAGGAUGCGGUUUACAACACUGCAAGAAGAAGCACUUGUAUAUGGAGUAAUGAAGUAUGGCAGAGGAAGCUGGAAAGAAAUCAGUGAAGAUGGCUGGUUCGAUGGGCGCCGUACAACAGAUCUCAGUGACAAGUACAGAAACUUGGAAAAGUAUGGCCAUCUUCCGAAAAUCAAGAGACGUGUGUGUGAUAUGCUUAGUGCUGGUGUGAAUCCCCUGAAGAAACUGCGUGCGCUGGUUGAUCAGCAGCGGUUGCAGCGAGCAAACUCACCAGUGGCAGACGAACUGCUGCAUUGCAAAGAGAGUUCUGCGAGCCAGUCGAAGGAGUUACGAGGAACUUCGCCAGUAUGCGACCCUCCUGAUGGGGACAGCUCAACUGCAUCAUCUGAUGAAGCCUUUGCUGAGCCAUUACAAAAGCGAGCCGGAACUGGAGGAGCAGCCGAUCAGCAGCGGUUACAGCAAGCAAACUCACCAGUGGCAGAUGAGCUGCUGCAUUGCAAGGAGAGUUCUGCGAGCCAGUUGAAGGAGUUACGAAGAACUUCGCCAGUAUGCCGCCCUCCCGAUGGGGACAGCUUAACUACAUCAUCUGAUCAUGCCUUUGCAGAGUCAUUACAAAAGCAAGCCAGAACUGGAGGAGCAGUCGCCUUGCCAAAGACAGUGUGCAGCAGCCCCUGCAGGCCGUCUACAUCGCAAGCACAUUCGUCUGCGCAAAGCCAACAAAAUUCAGGUUCUGAGACGAAUGUGCCGCAGGAAGUUGUCCUGGCUAAGUGUAAAGAAAAGCGGCGAAGAGUACCCUUCACGCCACUGGAAGAGCUGGCACUCGUGGCUGGAGUUAUGAAGUUUGGUAAAGGCAACUGGUUCCGAAUAGCGAAAGAAGGUGGCUUCCUCGGGAGAACAAGCAUUCAGUUAAGUGACAAGUAUCGCAACUUGAAGCUGUAUCGCCAGCUGGAUGCAAUUGAGAGGAUCGUGAAAUCUAAGCGUGAGAGGGGUGAGGAUCCCUUGGAAGAGCUCCGAAGGUUAUCAGCUGCUCACUGGAAGCGGUGACACAAGGCAAAAUGAGCACUUCGAGAUGUUAAAUUUUUUAAUCUUAAAGCCACCUUUUCAAAUUAAUUUUUUUUUAAUUUUUGAGGCAAGACAUUUAGUUAAGAAAAUUCAAAGUGUACUUGUUGGAAAUUGUGUUUUUGUGUGUGUUGAAAAAUAUGGCUAUGUACAGCCACCUGUUUAAAUAAAUCCAUUUUUAUUUUGCAAC